AUGGUUGGCGUAAACACAUCCCCAAACGGCGACGACGCUAGCGCUGUGCACCCUCUGCACAUGUCCCACGCCACGAUCGACGAGGCGGCCCAUGUCGCGUCCUCGGACGAGGACCAGACGCCAACGCCGCCCAGUACGUGCGGCCCGCAUACGCCGGCCCGCUCUCGCACGCGUGCCGUCCCCCGUUCCCCACUCAAGCUCCUCACCUGGGACGAAUACCGCGCGUAUCGCCACUUCAACCAAGAGGACAUGGACCACGGGGACGACGGGGACGGUGCGGACGAUGCAGACGACACUGCAUCGAGCUGCACACAGGACACCACCCCGUCGCACCCGGCGCGUCGUUGCGUGAGCAUGGGUGCUGUUUUGCACGACCCCGUUUGGUCAGGCGCGUCGGAUGACAGCGACGAAAGUGACCAGGAGGAGGAGUACCACACCGAGGAGGACGCGGUCGUCCCUGCUGCCCUUCGCGAGGCGACCGAUAGCCCGACUUUUAUCGUUCCUCGCCUUACCCCCUACCCAGGCCCGGACCAGUUACCAUCGACUGCGCGGAGCCUUCACGCCGCCAUCAACGUGCCGAUGUUUGCCCUCGUGCCCACCAAGGCUUAUCGCGUGUACCAGGAGGACUCGAGCACAAACAACAACAACAACAAGCCGGCCGCCGGCCCCUCCACGCGAUCACGCAUCGUGUCCGCGCCAGUGGUGGCGUCUUCCUCGUCCAAAAAGGCCGUGGUUGGCGUUGGCUCGGUCACCCCUGUUGCAGGCCACAAGCACAAACGCAAUGACACGCCGGCGACCCCACGUACGCAGCACCACCAGAAACGCCGUCGUCCUCUCCUACAAACCAAGGACCAGAACGCGGCCUGA